AUGUUGAUCUAUAAUCCAUUCAAGAAAGUAAAACGAAAUAACCGACAGGCAGCAACGGAUACACCAUUUAUUUGUUUUCGAGUAGUUACCAGAGGACUUUUUCCAAAGCUCGUUGCUGACGUCACUGAGAAAAAUCUUGAAAUAUGUAGAAAAGUUGGAAUAAAAAACUUCAAGUUUGAAAUAGUAACAGAUCAUUCGCUAAAUAUCCAGUCCUCUAAUUAUGUCAGGGAAGUGACUGUGCCACGUGAUUAUCACACACCAAAUGGCACGUUGUUUAAAGCGCGUGCACUGCAUUAUUGUCUGAAUCAAAAAAUCAAUAUAUUGUCACCUGACGAUUGGAUCGUUCAUCUGGAUGAAGAAACGCUUUUAUCGGAAAGUGCAUUACACGGAAUAGUUAAUUUUGUUUCGGUCCCAGAUUCGAACAUCGGGCAAGGGGUUAUAACAUAUGCUAGCAGUGGCGUGGAAAAUUGGUUAACAACCUUGCUUGAUGGAAUUAGAGUAGCUAUAGAUUAUGGAUUAUUUCGCCUUGCUUUACAAUUUUUCCAUAGACCAGUGUUUGGAUUUAAAGGUUCUUAUAUAGUUGUGAGAAUGGGAAUUGAAGAAAAAAUAGGAUUCGACUUUGGACCUAAAGAAAGCAUAGCAGAAGACCUUCGUUUUGCUCUGGCUGCAUGGCAUAGUGGAUACAGAUUUGACUUUGUUGAAGGUGUGAUGAAAGAAAGAAGUACAUUUUCAUUGGCGGAUUUUGUAAAACAAAGAAAACGUUGGUUUAUGGGACAUUUUCAUAUAGUAUGGGGAAACACACUGCCACUGUAUUGUAAAUGCGCUGUAAUGCCAAUGCAUAUAAGCAGUAUGCUUCUUUGGACUAACGUUCUAAAUUCUGUUCUUUCGUUAUGGCUACCCGUCCCUUUGUCAAAGUGGCAGCUUUUAAUAUAUGCUCUUCUCACAUUUCAUGUUUUCUUCUUACUUGCUUUUGGCAAUUUUAUGUCUCUGUGUCCAAGGAGGUAUUCUGUUUUAUUAAGGGUAAUUAUAGGUUUCCUCUCUCAGUUCCUUAUGCCUGUUCUGGGACUGGCGGAAGCAUACUCUACAAUAAAGGGAUUCCGCGAUAGGAACAAACUUACGUUUGAUAUUGUUCAAAAGGAAACAAAAGAUCAUCUAAAUCAGAAACAAGUGAACGGCCUUAUCACUGUUUAG